CAUUGCUUUAGCCGUCGUCAACAGGAUUUCGACUACGACCCAAUCGCUCAUCAAAUGGUCUACAUAUCCCAGGUCGAGCAUCUCUUUCCCUUCAUCGAGCCAGCGCACCAGAUAACCGACCGCAUAUUCAUGCUACAAGAUGGUCUUCCGAGAGUCGCAGACCAAAUAGCGGCCGCGACAACUGAUACGCCUGUGCGCUUAGCAGCCAUAAACGCUCUGAACGCCACACGCGACUGCGCGACAAACGUGGGGCACGCAAUGGAUGCUCUUUCAAAGUUCACGCGGGCGAUAUCCAAGUCCUUCAUGGACGUAGACGGCGAGCUCGAUCCUCACGUACGCGAGAUCGGCGUCCUAUACGAGGCAUUCUUGGAUUGCCUAGAAAACGUGCUAGACUCUGCCGAUCAAAGCAACAACGCUUGGUCGAAGUCGGAAGACAUCGUGAUCCAUACACUUUCCUAUCCCCCUGUCGUUGACUAUGUCUUUGUACACCACCUCUUCCCAUUCAUCAUACGACACAACCUAGUGGACCUUUCCUCACGCGCCGUCAUGUUAACGAGCGGGCGUACUACGCUGGCAAAUGCCCGCUUGAAUGUGCUAGAUAUCGCCGACCUGGCGCGUCACCUCAAGACCUACGCGGCAGAUUCCCGUGCGAACUUCCGCCUUGAAGUUCUUGCUGGCAUACGAGCACAGACGGUAGACAGUCGCUCCCUUCUUGCCUCUGCCCUCGACGCCGUCUACAACGAACUUCGUGGUGCUGUUCAUGCGAUGGAAUCUUCAGCGCAGAGGUUCGGGUGGAUGGCUGAUGAUAUGACCUACUUGGCAAGUCUCACCCUCGUUCAUGCUCGGUCGGGAUCCAUCUUCGAGAAGCCCAAUGUAUCUAUCGCUGCAUAACUCCUGAGGUCGAGGUAUGGCUGCAUACGGCCGUGUCGUGUAGCUUUGUUCUGUACCUGUACGGACACGUAGAGCUCAUCCUGAAUAUGUAUUAGUCUUUAAAUCCAGGGCUUCGCAGACAUCCGUGACGUUCAG